AUGAGCUGUUUUGGCAUGAGCUAUCCUUCAACUUUCACGAGUUCCAAUCCCAACAAGAGUUUCCAGGCACUCAGAUAUGAUCCAGCUUUCCUUCAGUAUAACCUCAACCAGAAUCAAACAGCAGAGAAUCCUUUAGAUUACUGGGGAGAAUGGAAAGACCAUCAGUACCACCCCUCGCCGUCGAACUGGCGGUUCCCUUUCUAUACCCUGUUUCUCGACCGAUUCGUCAAUGGUGACCCCAGCAACGAUAAUAUCAAUGGAACAGCAUAUGAGCACGACCCAAAUUCUAAUCAGAUGCGUCAUGGAGGCGAUCUCCAGGGCCUUGUUGAUACACUGGACUAUCUCCAUGGAAUGGGUGUCAAGGGAUUGUACAUUGCUGGCUCUCCCUUCAUCAAUAGUCCAUGGGGGUACGAUCAAUACUCGCCGCUCGAUCUAUCGGUCUUGGACCAACAUUUCGGUACCAUCGACAUGUGGCGAUCCGCUAUACAAGAGAUACACGCUCGCGGUAUGUACGUCAUCCUGGACAAUACAUUCGCUACGCUAGGUGACCUCAUCGGAUUCGACGGUUACCUCAAUACUACGACCCCCUUUACGCUGUCGGAGCAUCAAGUGCAGUGGAAGUCUGACCGCCAGUAUCAUGACUUCCAUAUCGGGAAUAAUUAUAACAAGACAUGUCAAUACCCAAAAUUCUGGCUGGAGACGGGAUUUCCUGUUGGCGAAGAUGUGACGAGCCAAAUGAUUGGCUGCUACGAUAGUGAAUUUGACCAGUAUGGCGACACAGAGGCUUUCGGCGUCUUUCCAGAUUGGCGUCGUGAACUGUCAAAAUUCGCUUCCGUUCAAGAUCGUCUGCGUGAAUGGCACGAACCUGUUCGGCUGAAGAUCGAGAACUUUUAUUGUAUGAUGAUCGCGCAGCUUGACAUUGACGGAUAUCGGUAUGACAAGGCCACGCAGUCCACGGUUGAUGCCAUGGGAUACAUGAACGAUGCAAUGCGCCGGUGUGCUCGUCGAUUUGGCAAAGACAACUUCUUCACCCCCGGUGAGAUCACUGGUGGGAAUGUCUUCGGGUCGAUCUUCUUGGGCCGUGGGAGACAACCUGACAUGAUUCCCGAAAAUUUGACCAUGGCUGCCACAAUGACCAACAAUUCGGCAGACAAAUAUUUCCUGAGAGACCCCGAACAUGGUGCGCUCGAUGCUGCCGCCUUCCACUACACAGUCUACCGCACUCUGACUCGCUUCUUGGGUAUGGAUGGUAACCUGGAAGCUGGUUACGACGCGCCCCGUAACUUCGUGGACAUGUGGAACACCUUUCUUCUAACUAAUGACUUUGUCAAUCCUAAUACUGGGAAGGUCGACCCCAGGCACAUGUACGGAGUUACGAAUCAGGAUGUCUUUCGAUGGCCCUCUAUCACCAAUGGUAUCCAUCGCCAGUUGCUGGGUCAUUUCAUAACCACAAUCCACAUGCCUGGCGCUCCUCUCCUGCUAUGGGGCGAGGAGCAGGCGUUCUAUAUUCUGGACAACACAGCGUCAAAUUACAUCUUUGGUCGACAAGCAAUGUCCUCCGCGACUGCCUGGCAAACUCACGGAUGCUACAGUCUCGACUCCACACAGUUCUUCAAAAUGCCGCUGAAUGCAUCGCGUCAUGGUUGUCAGGACGAUACAGUUAGCUAUGACCACAGAGAUCCGUCACAUCCCGUCCGCAACAUCAUUCAUCAUAUGAACCAACUUCGAGAACAGUUUCCUGUCCUGCAGGACGGCUUUUUCUUGCAACAACUGUCCAACCAGACUCAAGAGAUCCAAUACCCUGGCUCCGGUAACGUGACAACCGAGACGGGUAUGUGGUCAGUGAUGCGCUCCGCAUUUCCUGGUAUUCAAGAUCUUGGUUCUGCUGGCGCAGGCAAUCUUCCCGUAUGGCUCCUAUAUUCGAAUGCAAAUGCAUCGACCACGUAUACCUUCGACUGCAACAACAAUGAUACAGCUCUGAAUACCACGAGUCUGAUCGCACCAUACGACGCUGGAACGAUCGUCAAGAAUCUCUUCUACCCUUACGAUGAGCAGACUCUUACCGACAGCGUCCAUCAUUUGGGAAUCAACGGGUCAACAAAUCCGAACGGUUGUCUGAGUAGCCUGCACAUGGCCGCCUACGACUUUAGAGCCUACAUUCCAUUGGAUCAGUGGGUAGGUCCGAAACCAAUGAUCACCAAGUUUGUCCCUGGCCAUGACGUUCGCAUUGAGUCCAAGGUCGGCGCGAAUGGCACGGAGUCCGUCAAUAUCGAGCUUCAAUUCUCGGUGGAAAUGAACUGUGAAAGUGUUACGAAUGGCAUCACGUUCAAUUCCACUACUGAACUAGGGACAACUCCUACCAUCGACCAAGCUAGUGUCCAAUGCACUAAUCUUGCAGACCCUGAAGCUCCUCCAUAUGUCGGUGCGAUUGCAUCAACCUGGUCCUGGUCGGCCACACUAAACAAUGUAGCCAACGGCAUACACGCAAUUUCCGUCCGCAAUGUCUCAUCUGAAGCUGGGGAACCUACAGAUGCUGUUGAUCGUUUCCUCUUCCGUAUUGGACAGAGAGACAAUCCCAUGGUCUUCACAAGAGCCGCGAACUACUCGUCCAGUCUUCUUACCAAGAGCAAGAAUGGAUCCCUGGUCAUUUCACACACGGCGGCUGGAGCGGACAAAUGGCGAUAUUCUACGAACUGGGGAUCAUCCUUCUCAGAGUGGAUGCCCUAUACUGGCGGCAAGACGCCAAUUGAGAAGCAGGCUUGGACUGGAACCAAAUUGCAGUCCUGGAAAGGUACGCAUGUCCGCGUGGAGUAUUUCAGCCGCCUCGCUGGUAGCAGCGACCAUAUCCAACAGGGCGAUGUCGGCUUCAGCACUCCUCGGAGGUUUCCUCAUCUUUUCUUGAACGGGCCAUACAACCAAUAUGGAUUCGACGCUGGACUCGACGGCAAAAUGAAGCUCGAAGGCAAUUCAACAUGGACCCGUCAUUUCAUGACUGAAUGGAGUCUGAAGGGUGCGCUGGCCCAAAUCAAUGUUUGGGGCCUCAAUCCAGAUGGCAGACCCGAUCAGACAAUUGUCAUGGGAGAUGCCGAUGGAGACUCAGUUCUCGAUCGUCUUCCUCCAUCAUCGCUCGCCGCAGUCGUCUUGAACAUCACCCAACCACCCCCCAAGCCGCAUUUGGGAUGGAGAGUUGUCAUAGAUGAUGGCAGUCUGCAUUUCAAACUGGUGCCCUCCGGCAAUAUGUGGACUCAGCUUAUCCUCUAUGUACUUCUCUGGACCGUCCCUAUCAUCACAGCAGCCUUUGGCGUCUGGUCAUUUAUGCAAUCAUUCUACCAAAUCAAGUUUAACGAGGUUGGCAUAUCGGAGAAAUCUGGACUGAUCCCUGCAGUCUUCAAGAGGCAAUUCAAAAAGCUAGUCGACGAGGAAGCACCUCCGAGUGGUAUCCUGGCAAAGUUCUCCCGUAAACCGAAAUUCCUGCAGCCAUCGGACACCGUCAUCGACCAGCAGAAGAGGCGCAUCGUUCUGAUCGCAACGAUGGAGUACGACAUCGAAGAUUGGGGUAUCAAAAUCAAGAUCGGGGGUCUCGGCGUCAUGGCACAACUCAUGGGCAAGAACCUGGGCCACCAAGAUCUCAUCUGGGUUGUACCCUGUGUUGGAGGCGUCGACUAUCCAGAAGAUGAAAAGGCGGAUCCCAUGACAGUGACAGUCCUCGGCAAACCAUACGAAGUCCAAGUCCAGUAUCAUGUUCUGCGCAAUAUCACUUACGUGCUGCUCGAUGCACCCGUCUUCAGGCAGCAAACCAAGGCCGAGCCUUAUCCACCUCGAAUGGACGACCUGUCUUCGGCCAUUUACUAUUCGGCGUGGAAUCAAUGCAUUGCCCAAGCCCUCAAUCGCUUCCCCGUGGACCUAUACCACAUCAACGACUACCAUGGCUCUGUCGCUCCACUGUACCUCCUCCCGAGGACAAUCCCUGCUUGCCUGUCCCUGCACAAUGCCGAAUUUCAGGGUCUGUGGCCGAUGCGAACAAAGCAAGAACGGGACGAGGUGUGCUCCGUCUUUAACCUGUCUCCCGAGCUGGUGCAGCGGUACGUUCAAUUUGGUGAGGUAUUCAACCUUCUCCAUGCCGGAGCGUCGUAUUUGAGAGUCCACCAACAAGGAUUCGGAGCAGUGGGUGUGUCCAAGAAAUAUGGAAAGCGGUCAUAUGCCCGGUAUCCCAUCUUCUGGGGAUUGAAGAAGGUUGGCAAGCUGCCAAAUCCCGACCCGUCUGAUACUGGCGAGUGGGAUAAGAAGCUCCCCAACGAAUCCGAGAUCCAGAUUGACCCAGAAUUUGAGGCCGCGCGACCUGAAUUGAAGCGUCAAGCUCAGGAAUGGGCUGGCUUGGACCAGAAUCCCAACGCCGAGCUGUUCGUUUUCGUCGGACGUUGGUCGAUGCAAAAAGGUGUCGACCUGAUUGCAGAUGUGUUCCCGUCGAUUUUGGAGUCGAAUCCAAAUGUCCAGCUCAUCACCAUCGGGCCCGUCAUUGAUCUAUACGGCAAAUUCGCAGCACUCAAAUUGGAACGAAUGAUGAAGCUGUAUCCUGGUAGAGUCUUCUCCAAGCCAGUCUUUACAGCUCUACCUCUGUUCAUCUUCUCUGGAGCCGAGUUUGCGCUUAUCCCAUCGAGAGAUGAGCCUUUUGGGCUCGUCGCCGUCGAAUUCGGUCGCAAAGGUGCCUUGGGAGUUGGAGCAAGAGUUGGAGGACUGGGCCAGAUGCCCGGCUGGUGGUACACUGUCGAGUCUACGACCACUGCCCAUCUGCUCCAUCAAUUCAAGCAGGCUAUCCACGAGGCCUUGAGCUCGAAGACGGAGAUCCGGGCCUUGAUGAGGGCUCGAUCGGCCAAACAGAGGUUUCCAGUCGCACAAUGGGUCGAAGACCUCGAAAUCCUGCAGUCCACGGCCAUUCGCAUCCACAACAAGGUCGAAGCUACAAAGCAUCAUAGUGCUGCCGCAGAUCUUUGGGGAUCGUCUGUCUGGAAUACUCCUGGCGGAUCGGGUGCAGUCACGCCAGCGGGUUUCCACACUCCCACAUUGGGCCAGUCGCGGUUGACAAGCUAUGCAGCCUUACAUUCCCUCACCACGCGUCUCAGGAAUCUGGGUCACAGCCGAGAACAAAGCCAGGACACCGCCGUCGAGCGUCCGAGCUCUAGUCACUCGCGAGCAGCCUCUGGCCUUUCCCGCUCAGCAUCCCUUGGGUCACGCAGAGGUCCUGGCCACGUUGAUACCCAGGACGAGCACGAUGGAGAGGAACCACACACACCUUCACUUCUCCCUCCUGUACCGGAUGUUGAAGGAGACGACACUGGACUUGGAACAGCCACCACACAAAACCCAAAUGAAAACUCGGACGAAGACGACGACGACAUGGACAGCGAUUUCGAGGAUGACGAUGGAGAAGGCCUCACGAUACCUAUGCAAACAUCCGGGCGAUAUCAGCGUCUGGCUGUGAAUGACGAUUCUCCGUACUUUGCACAACCGAGUCAUACACGCCGAUCAAGCAGAAUGGCGGGCCUGGAACUCAGUCCCUUACCCAACAGUCCCGGUUACCAUGCUCACACGCCUGGGCCAGGCACACCUAGACCGGAAUCAGGGCUUCUUAUCCCACCACCCGCUUUCACAGAAAACAACCGCGUCUCAAGUACCAACUCGCUGCUGUCCAUGAACACUAUCGUUGGAGAGAAGACCGACUUCCAACUGCAGAAGGUGGACCCAUUCUUUACGGACAGCAACGGUGAAUUUGCGAAAGCUUUCGAAAAGAAGCUUGAAGAUCUCAAGGGAAACAACUCGGAAUCUGCGACGUGCAUUGAAGAAUUCCUGAUCAAGUCGGAGAAGCAAUGGUUCGACACCUUCCGCAAUGUCAAACUUGGAAGGCAUACCAUUCCCUCAAGUCGCACGAGCUUCCACACCCACCGCGAGUCUCGCCCGACGUCGGCUGCCCCAUCUAUCUAUGGAGGCAACACCGACCCUGACUCUCAACCGGACCCGAACAAUCUAGCGGACGAGUUUCUGCUAGGCAAGGACUACAAGCCACCUACUGGUCUGAGGAAAUGGAUGCAACUACGCGUUGGAGAUUGGCCUGUAUAUGCCUUCUUCAUGGGAUUUGGACAAAUCAUCGCGGCCAACUCUUACCAGAUCACUCUUUUGACAGGAGAGGUUGGUCAAACAGCGGCCAAGCUCUACUCUGUUGCCUCCAUCUAUCUCGCCACGUCGAUUUGCUGGUGGCUACUUUUCAGGCGCUUCCAGUCGAGACUUUGCCUGUCUCUGCCCUUCUUCUUCUACGGUCUGGCAUUCAUUCUGAUCGGAACUGCUCAUUAUGGCUCGACAGUUGGCGGCCGUGGAUGGAUUCAGAACGUGGGAACGGGCAUGUAUGCUGUGGCUUCGUCGUCCGGCUCCAUUUUCUUCGCCCUCAACUUCGGCGACGAAGGCGGCGCGCAAGUCAAAGCAUGGGUGUUCCGAGCCUGCGUGAUUCAAGGUACACAGCAGAUCUACGUCGUGGCCUUGUGGUACUGGGGUGCAUAUCUCAAUCGACGCACGGUCGACGCCCUCGUCGCCACUCCCGACCCCAUUUCGUCGACCUGGAAAAUCACAGCCAUCACCCUCCCGAUUGCGGCUCUCCUCUGGUGUAUCGGCCUGCUGAUGUGGUUCGGUCUACCCAACUACUACCGACAAGCCCCCGGCAAAAUGCCGAGUUUCUAUAGAAGCUUGCUGCGCCGCAAGAUUGUUCUGUGGUUCUUCGUCACAGUCCUCAUCCAGAAUUUCUUCCUGUCCGCUCCAUACGGCCGGAACUGGUCGUUCCUCUGGAGCAGCUCGCACACCAAGACCUGGCAGGUCCUCCUCCUGGUCGUCUUGUUCUUUAUUGGCGUGUGGGCGGCGUUUCUGUGGCUAUUUGGCGUGCUUUCCAAGUCGCACAGCUGGAUCCUGCCGCUUUUCGCCAUUGGUCUCGGAGCACCUCGCUGGGCCCAGAUCUGGUGGGGCACCAGCAAUAUAGGCCUCUAUCUUCCCUGGGCGGGCGGGUACACGGCUUCGGCGCUUGUUUCCCGCGCGCUGUGGCUGUGGCUCGGCACCCUCGACGCCAUCCAGGGCGUGGGACUGGGCAUGAUCCUCCUGGCCACACUGACGCGGGUGCACGUCGCCUUCACUCUCGUGACGGCACAAGUGCUGGGUUCGGUGGCGACCAUUGUCGCCCGAGCCGUCGCACCGAACAAGAUCGGCCCUGGCCCCAUCAGCCCCGACAUCAGCGGCGGGGUGGGUCCGAUCUGGCAAGCCUGGUUUUGGAUCGGACUGGUUGCCAAUCUGAGCAUCUGUGUCGGGUAUUUCAAGUUCUACCGCAAGGAGCAAUUGAGCAAACCAUAA